AAACCACAACCAACUCGAUCACAAAUUUCAGCCUUUGAGAUUUUAACAUUUCAUCCCAAUAAUGUUUGAGAUUAUUCAGGCGGUUUUCACGGCCGGAGCUGCAUUAGCUCUCUUGGUAUUUGCCGGUAUAACCCUCGGCGGCUCAGCCGUGGCGUUAGCCGUAAGCACACCGCUUUUUGUCAUAUUCAGUCCGAUUCUCGUGCCAGCAACUAUAGCCACCACUUUGCUAGCUACGGGUUUCACGGCCUCGGGUUCCCUCGGUGCCAUGGCUAUGACCAUCUUCAUGUGGCUCUACAAGCGUUAUACAGGGAAGGACCCGCCGAAAAUUCCGGGAUUGACCCCAUCGAAUCCGGCGGCGGCUGGGAAAAAAGAUUAUUAGGGAUUUCGUAAUAUGGGUCGACGAUAUAUGGAGGACCUUGGUGAUCUUUAAUUAUUGGGGCUCCUAAAAUAAAUCCUUACUAACAUAACAAUUACGCGCGGAUGAAAGUAAACGUUCAAAUAUCAUUCUACUUAUGUAUAUCGUGUUACCAAAUUAUGAUAAAUGUACUCUCUGUGUUGUAUAUUUUUUAAAGUUAAGUGAUAUCAUGAGAUUACCAA